AUGACUCUCACACGAGAAGAAAUCCGGCAACAUAGCACUCGGCAGUCAUGCUGGGUUGCCAUCCAUGGGGCGGUCUACGAUGUCACUGAUUUUCUUGAUUCACAUCCAGGGGGGCCAGCGGUAAUUCUCCGCUGUGCUGGAAAAGAUGCCACCGAGGACUUUGACUCGGUACAUUCAGCAGACCUUUUGAAGGGGGCAUUGCCUGAAUCUGCCCUACGAGGAUACAUUGAUCCAGCUGAGUUAGCGGUCGUUGAGUCUACUUCAAAUGAAGUCGCACCAUCAUCAGAUUCAAAACUUCAAGGCCCGCCACCACUCAGGACGUUGAUCAACUUGGACGACUUUGAAGAAGUGGCUAAGCAGUACCUGCCAGCUAAUGCCUGGGCAUACUAUUCUUCAGGUGCGGAUGACGAGAUCAGCAAGCGCAACAACCGACGCGCAUAUCAAAAAGUGGCUCUGCGACCUCGUAUUUUGAAGAAGGUCUCUAGUGUGGACACGACCACGUCAAUUUUGGGACAUUCAGUGUCUCUCCCAGUCUACAUGUCUCCCUCGGGCAUCGCGAAGCUUGCUCAUCCCGAUGGCGAGUGUGCCCUAGCUCGAGCAGCUGGAAAAGAGCGACUGGCACAGGUCCUUGCCAACAGCUCCAGCAUGUCUGUGGAGCAAGUCAGGGCAGCACGGACUUCUGAGGAUCAACCUCUCUUCCUUCAGCUAUAUGUGAAUAAAGACAUUCAGAAGUCGGUAGAACUCGUCAAGCGUGGUAUUGAGGCGGGCGUCCGCGGUAUCUGGAUUACCGUGGAUUCCCCUGUGGUAGGAAAAAGAGAAAGCGAUGAGCGACUUAAUUUGGCUGUCACAGCCCUCGAUAGCGAUGCCCAGGGACAAGGAGUAGCCAAGAUCAUGGCAAGCUCCAUUUCUCCUUCCAUUGACUGGGACAUUCUGUCUUGGAUCCGAGAACUCACAGACCUACCCGUGGUCAUCAAGGGCAUCCAGUGUGUCGAAGACGCCGUUAUUGCAUACGAGCAUGGUGUCCAGGGUAUUGUAUUGUCGAACCAUGGAGGUCGAUCACAAGACACCGCCCAAUCGCCACUCUUGACUCUUUUAGAGAUUCGCAAAUUUGCUCCCCAUUUGCUAGAUGGCAAGAUGCAAAUCUUCAUUGACAGCGGGAUUCGCCGUGGAACCGAUGUGCUCAAGGCUCUCGCUCUAGGAGCAACUGCUGUUGGUCUCGGUAGACCUUUCUUGUUUAGCCUGUCCGGGGGCUAUGGAGAAGCUGGGGUCCGGCGAAUGUUGGAGAUUUUGCGACAAGAGAUCGAGAUGAACAUGGUUUUCCUAGGAGUUACGAGCCUGAAGGAGCUUCUUCCAGAGAUGGUGAAUGCAAGUCGCUUGGAGAGAGAUAUGAUUGGAAGUGUGAAGUUAUAG